CGAUUGAGAGUAGGCGUUCCAUUAGACUAGUGUAGCAAACAGCAGAGACCAGCAGCAUGCGGCACUGGACCGACAGGAAACCUGAACAAUUACAACAACAAAACCUAUAAUAAUAAUAAUACUCACUUUUAUUUUAUUUUUUUAACGAAAAACAUAAUAGUCUAUUGAGAAACAAUCUUCCAGCAUCAUGGAAGCUUUGAGGAACUCUGGAAGUCGCCCACCAUGUGAAAAAAAUCAAAUUUGGUAAACACGGACAAUAAGGCUGGAUUGCACGGGAAAAGCGAAAGUGAAAAGGUUGUGAACGGGAUGUCCUUUGAUGAGAAGCCUGGAGCCCCCAUGUACGUGUAUGAGUCGACGGUCCACUGCGCCAACAUCCUCCUGUGGCUCAACGACCAGCGGAGGCGGGACAUCCUGUGUGAUGUCACCGUCCGUGUGGAGGGCAAGGAGUUCCGGGGCCACCGGGCUGUUCUGGCCGCCUGCAGCGAGUACUUCCUGCAGGCGCUGGUGGGACAGCCAGAUCGCGAACUCACCAUCAGCUUGCCCGAGGAGGUCACUGCCAAGGGAUUCGCCCCAUUGCUGCAGUUCGCCUACACCGCCAAGCUGCUGCUCUGCAGGGAGAACAUCCAGGAGGUGAUCCGCUGCGCCGAGAUCCUGCGCAUGCACAACCUGGAGGACUCCUGCUUCCGCUUCCUGGAGGCCCAGCUCCUGAGCGAGGAGCACGGCCUGCUCCUGUGCCGCAAGACGCCGUCCUCGGGCGGGGACGAGGACGAGGGCGGGCGACCCAAGGCCGCCGCCGCGGUCUCCCCAUCCGCCUCCGACCCGCCGCGGCCGGAGCCGGACGGCAUCCUGGAGACGGACCUUCAGAAGCACGCCGCCUCGGACCUCCCCCGCUGCCCCAAGUACAGGAAGUACCAGUGGGCGUGCACCAAGCAGACCAGCGACGCCUCGACGCGCACCGGUACCUCAGGUUUAUUAGAGGAGGCCCCUGAGGGGCCUGACGGCGGGCCUUCCAGGGUGGCGGUACUGCAGGUCAAGUCGGAACCGGGCACCGAGGACGAGAUGGCCCCUCCGUGCCUGUCUGCCGACGAACUGGACCCCGACGACAGGGACGGCGUUUUGGCGAUGGAGACGGACGACGGGCGGUGCAGCCCCGCCUUCGCCGACCGGCCCAAAGGACCCAAGUCGGCCCCCUGCCUCCGCUCCUUCUUCAGGAGGGGCGUGGACCUGGCGGGCCUGCCCGGCACGCGGCAGCUGUUCGCCGACAGCCGGCUCCCCCGCCCGCAGGGCAAAGCGGCGUCUCAGGGCGAGCGCAAAAACGGGCGCGGUCCCUUCUCCGCCGCCGAGCCGGAGCCGCCGCCGGCGUCCCUCGGGGAGGCGGACGGCGGCUUCCCCGCCGGGCUGUCGGCGUCCUGCGACGCGGCCUGCAAGCAGGAGGCGGAGCUGGACCGGCGAAGCGUCAUAUUCGCCCCGGGGGGCUGCGAGCGGCUAGCGGCCCCCGCGCACUCCUACCCCGGCAGGAACUCUCUGGACAAGGAGCUCCCCGAGCACGCCGCGGCCAAGGCCCUGUGGGCCAGCGGCAGCCAGUCGCUGCCCUCCUCCCAGGCCUACUCCCCCGCCGAGCCUCCCUCGUUGCCGUGCCGACCGCGUCCCAACACCAGCUGCCCCGUGCCCAUCAAGGUGUGCCCCCGCUCCCCGCCCUCGGAGGCGCGGACCCGCACCUCCAGCUCCUGCUCCUCCUACUCCUACGCGGAGGACGGGAGCGGGGGCUCCCCCUGCAGCCUGCCCCAGUUCGAGUUCUCCUCCUCCCCCUGCUCCAUCGCCCCUCGCUGCCUGGCCGCCGACCCGCAGGACCAGGGGGCCGGGGGGGACGGCGUCUUUGCCCCGGCGCACACCAAAAUCAAGUGCGAGCGCUCGUACGGCACCAACUCCAGCGAUGAGUCGGGCUCUUUCUCUGAGGGGGACAGCGAGUCGAGCCACCUCCAGAGCCAAGGGCCAGAGGUCAAACUUCCUUUCCCAGUUGAUCAAAUCACAGAUCUUCCACGGAACGACUUCCAAAUGAUGGUAAAAAUGCACAAACUGACCUCAGAGCAGCUGGAGUUCAUCCACGACGUGCGGCGGCGAAGCAAGAACCGCAUCGCCGCGCAGCGCUGCCGCAAGAGGAAGCUGGACUGCAUCCAGAACCUGGAGUUUGAGAUCCGCAAACUGGUGUGUGAGAAGGAUAAGCUCCUAACAGAGCGAAACCAGCUGAAGGCCUGUAUGGGGGAACUGUGGGAGAACUUCUCCUGCCUGUCCCAGGAGGUGUGCAGGGAUGUCCGACUGAGCCCAGAGCAGGUUCAGUCCCUGAACCGCUACUGCCCCACCCUGCGCCCCAUUCACACGGCCUCCAGCCCUGCCGCUGCCACCAGCAUCGACCUCACCAUCAACCCCGACUCCCCCACGCCUGAAACUGCCCAUACCCCCACUUCCCCCCAACCUCCAGAUACUGAAUCUGGCUCUACCCACUGGGGGCCAGGUAAUAGGGCCAACGGGCUGGAGGAGACAGGGUCAGGGGAGGGGAAGGACCCAGGCCCCACCCAUCCAGAGGCAGGGCCGCCUAUAGAAAAUAGCAGUCCCACGGUAACGGUGGAUUUCUGCCAGGAAAUGACUAAUAAAUGCACGACUGAGGAGCAGCCUAGGCAGGACUGCACCUAGUAAUGACAGGUGACUUUUUUAUUUCCUCUGUUUUUUCUGAAUGUUCGUUACUCCUCUGCCUAGCAGUCGUUUACUCUGGCAGCUUCUACCAGUGUUUUUCUUUGUAAAAUCUGAUUUUUAAAGGUUGACACUACCAUUGUCUUAACAGCAGCAAUACUCCAGGUGUUUUCUUUCACCCUGGGACAGUGGGGGGGGGGAAAAAACUCUUACAAUGGUGCUACUCUCUCACCACGUCUCGGGGCUCCCUUCACAGUGGAUAUGCUGGGCUUCUGGUUUUUGUUUUGUUUUUGUUUGUUUUGUUUUGUUUUGUUUUCCUGUGUUGCAUUCACUUCUGAAUGGUAAUGGCGGGAAAGCCGCAUGUCAUAUUUUCAGACCUCCUGCAGCUACGCUGUCUUCAGCUCUAACUCUUCCUCUCUUUCUCUCUCUCUUUCUCUCUUUCAGUAAUGAAAUCUCAGGAAAUCCUCUGAAUGUUCAGUAUUCUUCUUGGAAAUACAUUGACAAGUUUGCAUUACACAGCAGAUAAACAGAGCAGGUUCAUAUACAAUAUAUAUAUUUUAAUUAUUCUGCAUUACUUUACUCCAAAAAUGAACAUUUAAUGUGCAGAUUUUCACAUUUAAACAUUCCUAUUUUGCGUGACAUGAAAGAAAGAACAGUACAAGAUAAUUAAUCAUCAUAAUAUUGUUCGCUUCCCUUCAUAAAAUGUUUGUUUUUUUACAGGAAGUAUUUAAGAGGUUUUUGCUAGAUGUUGUUUGGUAAAUGUAUAUGUUGUGACAUGGUGGAGUGAUCUUUUUGCAUGGUGACUUCUGUCACAGAAAAUAAUAUUUCCCCUGGCUCCCCAAAUGGGUAACAUCUUGCAGUGGUUAAAAAUGGAUACCAUUUUUUAAAACCAUUUUUCCCCAACUAAAUUUUUAGUAAAUGUAAUGUAAUACACUUGUUUCUUUGUGAUUGUUAUCCCUACUCUCAGGAUCAGCAUUUUUACAGUUCCUCAAUCAUACUCCAAUGAUUUUGCACACCUGACUAGGAUACCAUAGAUUUUCACUGGCAUUCAAGAUUCAAGAUUCAAAAUUCAAAAAACUUAAUUGUUAGGUUAGGGGCUCACAAACAACAUAAAAACAUACACCCAUGAAAGGCUAAUAAAAUUACAUUAAAAAAACAAAUAAAACAAAUAAAAACGCGAUAGCACUAAGCCUCAAACCCACCUUCUCCAUAGUUAGUGUUUGAGGCAAAAGCAGAAGUCUUUUUGUAUAGAUAAGAUCUUUACCUUUUACAUUGUGUCACAUUUCUGUCAGUGUGAAUACUCUUAGGAUUUGUGAAGGUGGUUGAGUGUUUCCGAGCAUAACUCUGAAAAGCAAUCUUGUUGGAGAGAAAUCUUUAUUUUGAAAGAAAAAAUACACAAUGUCUCCUUUCCUGACCCUUUUAAAAUAGAGGAGCGUUUUGGAAUAGGAAGGGGAGGAUUAAACUGAAAAAGGCUUAGAAAAAGCAUACAGUACUUUCUAUAAGAAAAAUCUUUUGCAAAACCACAUGUACCCAUGGAAAAAAAUAGUGUCCUGUUCACUUUAACGGAAAUUUUGCCACUUUCCCUUCCAGUAGCACUCCUGCCACUAGAUUAGCACUUCAAAAAGGGUUGAUUUGGGGCUCCCAAUUGGCUUAGACAGUAAAGGCACUUGUCAUGAUUUUAAGGCUUUCCCUGUAGUCCCAGGCUUGGUCUUUGCUAUGUCGACUAUAAAUACGAAUCCACAGCCGCAGGAUACAACUGGCUUUGUCCCCCCAGGGGUAAUGCGACUUUAAGUCAGCAAGGGUUCCUUGGCGUACCGCGUCAUUAGUUCCUCCUAAAAAAACAGCAAGCACCCAUGUCAGUGAGGAAUACAGCUCAUCUUGUCAGCGCUGUCUCGCUUGCACUGUGUACAUUGCAAGGUGUAAAACAGUCCCUGGUUUCUGGGCAGGGAGUGUGCCGUGCAGUUCCACUGCCGUUCCUCUUGUGCGCGAUUGCGUGCGGCAUAUCAGACACUUCGGAGGUACUGUUGCUGAAGUUUGGAAGCUAAUGGACAAAGGGGAAAAAUAGUUUAUUUCAGAUUUGGAAACUCUGAACAGUCUGAAAUGAAAAGCACUGAAGCAGGCACUUAGAAGCUCCCAGUACGCAACUGAAUAUGUGUUUGUUCCAAAUGAAGAGAAAAAUCGCACAAUAGAUAUUGUUUGAGUAAAAUUGUCACACAGUGAUAACUUGCCAUAAUUGCAAACAUUAUUUGUGAAAAUAUGUUGCCCAUUUUUACUGUUCUUGUAGUUCAUGUGUUCUUCUUUUUCUUGUGAUUGUAACUGUCCACAGCAGAAUUAUUUGAAACGUGUCCAGUUGAAAGUAUAGUUCCCCAUUUCCUUAGAAUUUUAACUCUAGAAUAUUUAAUAUGCAAGAUUUGUUCCCAUCUGUUAAUGGGAAUUUGAAGUGCUGACUGCCUGUCAGUGUCCAACAGCCAUGCAAUAUCAGAAAUAACUGCAGUGAAAUUAAAAAUGAAAUAUCUAACUUCAGUACUUGAACCUUAAUUAAUUAAAUAUUUAGUAGAAUUGUAGUAGAAUGAACAAAAAUCUUUUAGAGGUGUCGUUGGUCAACACAUCCAGAUUUAGAAAUACUGGUAAUAUGUGUGAGAUGGUUCUAUUUUCACAAAAAUAAUGGCAGUGGCCUGGGUUGACCUUGUGAUUAACAGUGGCAAAAACCAUAAAAACCUGUGUUUUGCUGAGGCUACACUGUGUAAGUGUGUGCGCGUGUGUGCAAUGGAAUUCUGCAGUCUAAAUACCAUAAUGUCUAAAAUACCGCAAGUCUUCACAGGAAGUGAAUGCUGCUCGAAGCUGCGGCUCACACAUACAUCUGAGGUUUCCCUCUGAUGUAAUAUUUUUUCUUGAUUUGGCUCUGUACUCCACAAUUUUAGAUUUGUAAUCAAACAAUUCGCAUUCUCAGCUUUUCUAAAGGGCAUGUUUAUGUACUUUGGUUUCACAAUGUAGAAAUUACAGAACUUUUUUAUGUUUGAGACAUAUUAAUGUUAUGUAAAUGAAAGCAGUCAUGUUUAGUACUUUGUCACAUAUCCUCUGCAUGCACUGACUGCUUGAAGUCAGUGACCGAUGGACAUCACCAGGUGUUGAGUAUCUUCUCUGGUGCUACUCUGCCAGACCUGUACUGCAGCCAUCAUCAACUCCUGCUGGAUUCAGCGGCUAGUUGUCUCUUCUGCAUAUGAAACUCAUGUUCACUUGGAUUCAGAUUGGGUGAAUGAUUUGACCAGUCAUGGAUGUCCCCAUUUUGGCUUUGAAAAACUUCUUUGUUGUUUUAGCAGUAUGUUUGGGAUCAUUGCUUGCUGUAGGAAGAAGUACUUUCCAACGGGUCUGGAGGCAUUUUCUUGAAUUUGAGCAGAUAAGAUGCUUCUGUACACAUACACAGAAUUGAUUCUGCUGCUAUUAGCAGUUAUAACAUCAGUGAAGACAAGUGAGCCAGUACCUGAAGCAGCCAUACAUGCCCAAACCAUAACACCCUCACCACUAUGUUUCACAGAUGAUGGGGGGUGCUUUGAAACAUGGCCAGUUCCCUUUGGCCUCUAUGCUUUGCACUUGCCAUCACUGAUGCGAGUGAAUCUUUCUCUCAUCUGUCCAUAAGACUUAUUUCCAGAACUUUGUAGGCUCUUUUUAGGUAGUUCAUAGCAAGCUGUAACCUGGCCAUCCUGUCUUUGUAACUAACGAGUCAUUUGUUUCUUGUAGCGUAGCCCCUGUAGUUCUGUUCGUGAAGAUUUCUGCAGAUAACACACCUGCCUCUUGAAGAGUAUUUCUGAUCUGUUUGACAGGUGUUUGGGGUUUUUUCUUCAUUCUAGUGAGAAUUCUUUGGGCAUCAACUGUAGAGGUCUUCCUUGGCCUACCAGGCCUUUUGCAAUUACUGAGCUCACCAGUUCUCUAUUUCUUCUUAAUUAUGUUCCAGGUGUGCAUUGUUUGAUUACAAAUCUGAAACUGUGGAGUACAGAGCCAAAUUAAGAAAAAAUAUGACUUUGUCCAAAACAUUAUGGGGCAUCAGUGUAUUUUCAGACCUUGAUAGAUACUGCAUAACUGUUAACUGGCAGUUUUUUUAAUCAAAUUUUUAAACUCCACUUGGUAAUGUUUUGUCAGUGUAAGAUCCACACUCAAGUUAGCAUAUGAUGGGUCAUGCCAGUUAAUUUGCUUUUUGGUUUGAAGCAAUGUGAAAUCCAACUGAGACAUGAUCUUUGACAUGAAAAGUACAUAACUCAAAAUGUAAAGAGGAGGCUACCAAAAUCUGAAUUUUCUUUGUCAUAAAAUGUAAAGACUCUUUCCCAUAUCAGAAAUUAUAAGCUAUAGGUUCCUCUUCAUUUUUUUAUAAAUAUUACUACUGGUAUUAUGACAGUUAUUUCAAUGGCAAUGGGUGCUAUGCUUUUGUGGUGGGGGUUGGGGGGGGGCUACAUAUUAAAUCGGCAAUACAUCUAUCAGCUUUGCUCUGCCGAAACAGGAGCCACAUUCACGUUGUGGUGGUUGCCGCAUGUCACACCCACAAUGGUGACUGACUAUUCUUCUAAAUCUUCUGCCAGUACCUGCCAUUAUAAUUUAAGCCGCCAUUAGAGUUUUGCUGCAUGUGUUUGAGAAAACUCACAGAAUGAUUACGCUUGCACAUUACAAUGUCAUUGUUGUCUUUGUUAAAAAUAAAGCUGCGUUCACAGCACUGCAACACGUAUGAAUGGCUCUCUGAACCAGAUGCUAAGGUAACUGAGCUACCAUACUCGCACUCUUGUUCAAGCUCUGAUGGUGAUCGGUGGGAUGCCAUCUUCUGAUGUAUUGGCAUUCUCCUGUUGUUCCUUUCUGAUACUUUAGCAAUUCAAAAUUGCAAAUCUUAUGGCCCACUUACAUUUUCCUCUGUAUUUCAGAACUUAGUGAUGGUGAGGUCUUUAGUACAGGAAGGAUGGAAGGUCGGAGGUAUUUGACUAUGUUUUUUGCAAAGAAUCCAAAGUGCAAUCAUGAUUUUCCUCAACUGUUGGCAAGUUGGCCAGCCUGCUAGUAUAGAUAGCUAUUGAAAACUAGCAUAGUGUAGAUAGUAAAAUAGUGAGCAAAAUGGGUGUCAAGCACACCUGAAGUAAAGAAGCAGAAGUGCAUGUAACUAAAGGGCGAUUCAUGUAAGGAAUAUGAAGAUAACUGAGUGGUUCCUUUAUCUGACCAGUGCUGUUUCAUUCUCCUGGUGAAUUGCAUGCUAAUCAUGUUCAAAAUAAGUACAAUUCACAAGCUUUAGCAGCAAGCUUGGUAAGAUCGCAUCAAUGACACAGUCAGGGUCUUGUUUAUGACAGAUGGUAGAAAUAGACUGAUGCUUCCUGAGUGUCUGGUUAAGCUCCAGUAGGUUGGAGAAGUAGACAUGGAGCCUUACCCAGAAUGCAUUGCCCUCUUCUGCCUCCCAGGCCCUGCUUCGAGGAACAGAUUUUCUAUGUAUUGAACAGAUUUUCAGCUCAUUGGGGGUAACAUAGUCUCUGCAUUUGUUGAAGCUUAACAUUGUUUGGCUUGCUGUCUUGUUAUGAAUAUUCAUGACAGGGCAUAGUAGAACACAGACCACUCAAAACUAUCUGUUACCAACUUGAACCUUCUAGAUGCAACAGUACAACAAAGUGAUGGGAAUGCAGGAGUUUAAUGGCUGAUCUGUAAACAGAAUAUCUAUGGUAAAGCUGUCCCAUUAAAGGAAAAGGUCUCUCAGGUCUCCCCAAGUCCACAGGCUUCCCUUCUAUCCCAAAUAAGCGUGCACUCCUGUGCUGAGAUAACACACUGACGCAAAUCAUAUUUGAGUAGUCUUAUGCACUCAAAAAUAUUCUCAGGGUGCCAAUGGUAUACAAUAUACUUGUAUCCAUCUCUUGUUCUGUAACAGACUUUUUUACUGUUUGAUUGCUUGCCAUUUUUUAAAGAACCGAUCCACCUCCUUCCACUUCCUGUGUUUAGUAAUACCUGAACUGGUCAAAGCCUGAACAUGCUAAAAGAUUAGAUUUGCACAGUGUAGAUAAAUCCCAAUUAAGGGCUACCAUGAGCACUCUUAUUUUUUAUAUUUGAUUUUAAAUUCCAUAGCAAAUUGUCACUGGGAAAGGUAUUCGUAAACAGAAGGGUCUUUAUGGGGCUCUUGAGCUCCACGAUUUUUACAAACCAAACAUAUUCACAACAAUGUGAUGAAUUCCGUCACAGGCCAUGCUAAUUUAGCGAUAAACUAUGUAUUGUGUUGAGAAGGCCACAGAGCCACUUUGACUGAAUGCAAGGGUCACACCAACAAGAUUUCUGUUUUGUUUUCCCAUUUUGUUUUCUUUUUUCGUUUUUUUUUCCACUUACUGUGUUCACAGAGGGGGCAAGGGUUUGAAAGAAAAGAAAAUGCCUUUAUAAAAAUAAAAAAACAGUUGCAUAACUUUAUAAUUAACCUACCUGUGAUCUAGCAGUACACAUGACAUCAGAUCAUUCAGCAGAGGAUGAAUGUUUACAUAUACAGGUGUCGUAUUUUUUUUUUUUGUGUGUGUGUUUAUACUGAUGUUUUCCAUGUACUGUAAAUGGACAUCGCUAGAUUGGGUUCACAGGUGUUUUUUUGAAUUGUGUGUAAAAGUGAAAAGGAAAAAAAAAAAAAGUCCAUUGCAUUAUUAUGCAUUUCACAGCCUGUCUGAUAAUGGGACUAAUUUGUCUCGGAAGGACACGACAGCACCUCCGGUUUUUUGCCUUAGAACUCCCAGAGGCCAUAUUCACAUUCAGGUGAAAUGAGUGUAUGCAGGGGCAGCGCCCCCAUCUCAGAGUCAAUGGAACAGACUUUUCCUCACAAGUAUCUACCUGUAAAAUCCAUCAUACCUCUCAUUACUGGUCAAUGACUGUAUCGACAAACUGCAUCAGGUGUUUUUCUAUAUUCUUUUUACACAGACUAUGGCAUUAUUGUAUUAGUGGAUUUUGGUGAGUCGUUUUUUUUUUAUCGUACUGGUUCUUAAGCUUGUAGGCGAAAUAUGUUUUUUUUUUUGUUUUUUUUUCUUCUUGGAUGAACUGUAUUUUGUGUUAAUUUACUCAAAACUGAGAUAGCUGUUAUUUGCAUAUUCUGUUACUAGGAAUUUCUACCUUUUUUAAUCUUUAAAUGUCACAUGACCCUAAUGAAUAAUGACUUCCUGUACCCAUUGUAAAUAGAGUAUUGUGCAAAAAAAUUAAAACAACCUUUGUAUUUGAAUUGCAAGUGUUAUAAAAUGAAAAUGCAGACUUUUUUGUCUAGACACCAUUUCUGUUCAUGAAAUAAAGAGCAUAUCAUGUA